UGGCUGAAGGCGGAAGGUAAAGUAGUUAAGAGGCUGUCUUACCACAGAACGCUUGUCUGUCUCUGCGGACCGUUUUUUUUUACAUCGAUGUCUUUUAGACUUGUCCCCACUAUACCGUCGUCUGGAACCCAUUCACUCGGACGUAAAGUCCCGCUCAACAGUCGAAGGCGUCAAAUCAGUGCUUUUAGCAUGGCUAGCACAGCUGGCUAUCAGAGCAGCUAAAUAUUAUUGCGAUGGAUUUCUCUGGGAAGGAGAAUUUCAUAUUGGUUUAAUUGAGCUAGGAUAAGCAUGUUGUAUGAGAUACAAAAGUUUUAGAAAACGGGAUGCCUGCCUUUAAAAAAAAAAACGAAAGCGGGGCGAGUAGGAUGCUUGUAGUCGGGAGUGGGUGAACCGGUAAUCGGACAGGCGAGCUACGCGAGCGCCAAGUCUGAUUUGGGCCUCCAGGAGGCUUCGUAAGGUCUAUCUGCGCGACUUUUGACCAGGAAUUUGCGGACACGCCUGGAAAACAUGUCAAAGUCGUUGCCACGCCACAGUGAGUGUCCGCCAAACUAAAAUGCUACUCAUUCAUUAUUAACCGCUCUCGUUUAGCUCUGUUUCCAUCCUUGGCAACUGUAAGUACUUCUUCAUGGUUGAUCGAUUGCAUACUGACACGCUGUGUUUCAAUGUGUGUGCGUGUAGUGGGGCAGUGUAGGUGGCCGUGCACUGUGUGAGACACCCUGCAUAGACUCAUCACCAUGAGCAACAAGGAGAUGGUUUCCACAGUGACAGAGAAUAAAAGCCAGAGGAAGGUGUUUGUUCCCAACAAGCUGCUGGAGUGUCUGCCUCGCUCAUUCGGUUUGCCGAACGAGCGUCUCAGGUGGAAUACGAAUGAGGAGAUUGCAUCUUACCUGGUAACCUUUGACAAACACGAUGAGUGGCUCUCUUGCACUCUGAAAACUAGGCCAAAGAACGGCAGCAUCAUCCUCUACAACAGAAAGAAAGUCAAGUACAGGAAAGAUGGCUACUGCUGGAAGAAACGCAAGGAUGGAAAGACCACCCGAGAGGACCAUAUGAAGCUGAAGGUGCAGGGGAUGGAGUGUCUCUAUGGUAAUUAUGUCCAUUCCUCCAUUGUGCCAACAUUCCACCGGCGGUGCUACUGGCUGUUGCAGAACCCAGAUAUUGUGCUGGUCCACUACCUGAAUGUGCCCUCCCUGGAGGAUUCUGGGAAAUUCAGUCCACUGCUGUGUGCUCUGACCAGUCGCCAUGACAGCCUGAAGUGGAGCAGAGAUGAUCUGCUGAGUCAGCUCAAGCCCAUGUUUCACAGCAUCAAAGCUUCUGGAGAUACCAGCGAUUUCAGCAUUGAGGAACUUGUACAGCUCAUCCUAGAUCGCCAGAGAACCAAACCUCAGCCGCGCACGCAUGCCUGCCUCUGCAACACCAGCCAGGGAGGGAACAUUCCCCACAGCUGCAACAGCACCAAGCAUCGCAUCAUCUCCCCCAAACUGCCCCCGUCCUCCUCACCUCUCUCCUCAGAGAUAGGAGAGCUCGGGGGAGGCAUGGGAGACGCCAAACUGCCUCACCUCCAGGCACAGAGCAGCCCCGCCUCGUCUCCACGUCCCCCCUCUACCUCGGCCUCGUCACCCUUGCAGCCACAUGUGGGAAACCACAGGAACGGUUUCUACGGCGACCACCAUGGCAACCUGACCACGGUGGCACUGCCACAUAAUGCGGUGAUCGUCAUGGCAACCACUACUGCCAUCUCAGGUGGAGCCAAAGGGGAUGAUCCAGCCAACCAAUUAUUACUCCCCCCCUCCAUCCACCUUCCUGGAAAACCUGCCUCCCCUUGCCCUCCCUCCCCUACAACGCCAUCCAUCCCCCCUCCUGUCCAUCCAACGGGGAUGACCACCCUGUCACUCGCUCUUCUUCCCUCCCCUGUCUUAGGAGGCCUGCUCCUCAAACCUUCCUCUUCUGCCUCCCUCCGAUCUCCACCUGCCCCCCUGGCAACCUCACCUUCCCCUCCUAUGUCAUUCUCCUCCUCGUCUCUCCCCACAUUCCUCCCACCUGCCUUCGAUCCUGAUUCCUUCUUGAACUCCCCCAAGCAGGGCCAAACGUACGGCGGCCCACUUCCUCGUUCGAGUUGUACCCCUUCCCCUGUUAUCUGCUCUUGCUCCCCCCUUUCACCUUCCUCCCUAGCACUCUCGCCCACCUCCACCCCACCCUCAUCAAUUUCCCCUCCUUCAUCCCUCUCCUCCUCCUGUGAGAAUGACAGAAAGGACUCCGCUUCCCUUCCCCCCUCCCUGUCCCUUUCCCCAACUUCCUCGGUUGCCCCGGCCCUCCUCCCUCUUUGUUUGGAGCUCGGCGCGCUAGGGGAGUCUGAGGAAAAAGACCAAGGAAGUGGCAAUAAUGUGCGCAGCUUAGCUCCUCCCACAAAGUUGGCACUGCUACAGCCCUGCCACUCUUCAAAUGCGUCACCACGACAACAGAUGAGAAGUAGUGCUGCUUUACUGCCGUCAGAUGGCCAGCUCAAACAGUCACCUAAUCAGGAGCAGCCCUAUGAUCACCUACCAGGACCUGGGGCUGCACCCUUACCCCCUCUAUCACAUCAGCCCAUUCGGCAACAAUCCGAUAACCAGGAAGAUAUCACCAUGGAAACCUCUGCCCAGUUACCAGCCAUCUUGCAGGUGAAGGAGAGGAUGGGGCAGGGGCAUAACUCUGAAGCCCCUCCUAUGGAGACCCAACUGGAAGCAGAGCCCUGUGGGCAGGAAGCAGAGGAGCUUGUCAUCUCUUUUGACAGCCAAUUUCCUGACCUGAUCUCUGAUCUCAUCACAGAGGAAGCAAAUUCUGUCGCACCUCUUCCCUCCACAGCUGUGGAUGUUGGUGCAACCCCUGCUGUGUUCCCAGCUGGAAUUCGCUACAUGGUGCCCCCCCAGCCCUCCCCCUCUUCCUCCUUCCUACCCUUUCCUCACCCACUGCCAACUUCGUCCCGACUUGCCUCUAUCACAGACUUCUCACCUGAGUGGUCGUACCCCGAGGGUGGGGUGAAAGUAUUGAUCACAGGACCGUGGAGUGAGCAGCUGGGUCAAUACCUGUGUGUGUUUGAUCAGAGCUCUGUUCCGGCAUCACUGAUCCAACCUGGCGUGCUGCGCUGCUACUGCCCCGCUCACGAGGCCGGGCUCGUCUGUCUUCAGGUUCUGGAGUCUGGAGGUUCUGUUUCCUCAUCAGUUCUGUUUGAGUACCGUGCAAGAAACGCCAGUUCGCUGCCCAGCUCUCAGCUCGACUGGCUCUCAUUGGAUGACAAUCAGUUCAGAGUGUCCAUCCUGGAACGCCUGGAGCAGAUGGAGCGCAGAAUGGCAGCUAUGGUGGCCCACAAUGUUACCCAACAGCACAACACACAACAGCAGUGGCAGCAACAUGGCAACCGGCUGGCCACGCCGCCUCCCACACACACACCCGACGACUGUGACCAGUCGCCCCAGUGGUUUGAGAGGAGGAUUGUACGAGUGUGUGAGAGGAUGAUGAGAGGAGUGCGAUGGAGUGGAGGUGAAGAAGAUAGGCUUCAUCACUCUGUGCGGCACCGUGGGAUGACACUGCUCCACCUGGCGGCUGCACAGGGUUAUACAUACCUGAUAAACACGCUCAUUACCUGGAGGCAUGUUCACAGUGAAAGUUUGGACCUGGAACAGGAAGUUGAUCCCCUCAACGUUGACCACUUUUCCUGCACGCCGCUGAUGUGGGCGUGUGCUCUGGGCCAUCAGAGGGCAGCGGAGCUCCUCUAUGCCUGGAAUAGUUUGGCUCUUGGCAUCCCAGACUCACUGGGCCGCCUACCGCUCGCUGUGGCCCGCUCCAGGGGACACACGUGUCUCGCUGGUGCUCUGGAGGACCUGCACAUGCAGGCGCACGUGACUCCCAGAGACGCACAUGCGCAUCCUCCAGCCUCACCUCUGUCGACAAGCCCGGACACAGGUCUCAGCUCUUCCAGCAGCCUCCCCUCCCCUAGUGAUUCCUGCUCCCCCUCACAAAGCUCUGCUUACUCUAGUUACUCUGCCCCCAUGGACACCUCUCCGUCCUCUCCAUUGUCUCCUUCAUCUUCCUCUUUAUCCUUGCCCGUCUCAUCUUCCCCAUCGACCUCCCUGGUUGUGUCGCCUGCAUGGGGGGAGGGGCCAAACACAGAUUUGAACCGGUGCGACCUCAUGGAGUGUAACAGCGAGAGCUCUGCUUCCCCAGUCCUCCCCCACAUGGAGCCAACACUGGCGGAGCAUCUCCUGUGCUACAGCGAGAACGUGGAAAACGAAGGCGAGGAGGAAGAGGAGGUUGACAUGGCCACCCUGGCCGAACAAAUCAUUGAGGCAACACCAGAGCGAAUCAAACAAGAGGACUUCACCAACGGGGCAGAGUCACCGCUCCGUGAGAGUGGGGACAAUCCCGCCAUUGAGGACACCUGGUUGGCAACCUACCUGGACACAGUCGACGCCCAUACGCAAUCUCUGCCAAGGCGAAUCUGCCCUCCCUCGCCCCUCAGCGCUUUGGCCCUUCAGAGGCUUCGCCCCCCCUCCUCUGUGGCAUGGGCGGAGUUUCUAAAUGCAUCAGCCAAUGGAAAGAUGGAAAGGGACUUUGCCCUGCUGACACUGACGGACGGCGAACAGAGGGAACUCUAUGAAGCUGCCAGGAUCAUCCAAAAUGCCUUCAGGAGAUACAAGGGUCGCAGGUUGAAGGAGCAGCAGGACAUGGCUGCAGCUGUCAUUCAAAGAUGCUACCGCAAAUACAAACAGCUAACAUGGAUAGCUCUGAAGUAUGCGCUCUACAAAAAGAUGACACAAGCGGCCAUCUUGAUCCAGUCCAAAUUUCGUUCAUACUACGAGCAGAAACGCUUCCAGCAGAGUCGGCGGGCAGCAGUGCUAAUCCAGCAGUACUAUCGCAGCUACAAGGAGUACGAGAGGCUCAAGCAGGGUCCUGGCGGCGGCGCAGGCCACACCCCCAGAAUGAAGGGGACCUUCUUGACCAAGAAGCAGGACCAGGCAGCGCGAAAGAUCAUGAGAUUUCUGAGACGCUGCAGACAUCGGAUCAAGGAACUGAAGCAAAACCGAGAGCUGGAGAGGCGGGGACUGACCACAUAGAUGCCCUGCCCUGCCCUGCCCUGCUUGGCAAGGACGUGGACUGUUCUGAUGAAUGUAGUUUUUGGCAGGGAGCUUUCAGAAGGUUUCACCACAAUCAUAUUGACAAGUUAAAGGUGGUCAUGUGACGUAAAUACAUACAUCUCGUCGCAUGAAUAGUGUGAGUGCGUAUAUAUAUAUAUAUAUAUUUAUUCACCCUGUACACAGGGACUUUAUAGAUGCUUUUAUUUAUGAGUACAAGUCUUAAUGAACUGUGACAUUUGACCCCAGUGUGAGGUGCUGAUCCGAACUUGAAAUUCAUGUGCGUGUGCUUGAGAAAAGCUCCUGGACUCCCCAUCUGCACUCUCCAAAUUGUAUGUUGAGUACACUGUUGUCAUGGCAUCCCGUGAGCCAGCAUGAGCUUACAACUGUU